AUGCGCGCUCCUCUCAGGAAUAUCCUGUUCCAGCACGGAUCAACAGCGGUUCUCUGCAACGAUCCCGUGCUCCCCCUACUCAGGGAUCUUCUGCCUCCGAAUCCUCUUCUGCUCUUCGUUGCCCCUUAUGCGACAGUGAUAAACACAAUAUUCACCAUUGUCGCCAGUACCGCCAUCCUGGCGACAAAUAUAAUCGGCUUCUGGCUAAAAACCGCUGCCCCAAGUGCUUCCGGCGUCAUUUCGGCCAAUGCCAGCUCCAGGGCAAGUGCCGGAAUUGCGGCAGUUCUAGCCACUUUGAGGUGGCGUGCUUUCGCCGUAUCCGCCAAAGUCGGGUCGAUCAGUCUCAACGUUCGCGGUAUCAUAAUGCCACUGCUCAUGCCUCUCCCGGCUCCCGAGACUCGGCCACCGCGGGCCCCGCUGCCACCCCCGACCGGAGUCGUAGCCGGCACAGUUCUUACGACAGCCGGCCGUCUUCCCGUGCACGCUAUCCUUCUCACCCUGCUCAUCGCACGCGUUCCCACAGUGCUCAUUCCUCUCUUCCACUCCAGGCCAUGCCUCUUCUGCAGC